AUGGGUUCAAUGUGGCGUGCGACGAUCGGCGUUAAACCAGUGACUGCACCGAAACCAAAACUCGUUGACGACGAUGACUGGGAAACUGACCCCGACUUUGUGACCCCAUCGGUGAUGGGCUCUGAUCGGCAGUCGACCGGAAAAUUCGACAGAUUCGAUCGGAAUUCCGAUUUGAGCAGAUUGGAGAGUGGAUCGGAAUUCCGACUACUGUCGCAAUGA